GCGGCUGAACCUUGAAAUCGCCGAUUUAGGUUGCCCGUGACGCGCCAUCAACACGCCGGAGAUUUUCUGAUUUUUACGUUUUCUCUUUUCUUUAUCAUUCACUUUCAGCGUUUUCUUCAAUGGUUUCCAUUAACGAACCCUUCGUUUCCUUGAAUUAUUGAACUCCAAAGGUAAUCCCUUUCCUCCUCCUCAAUCUGUGAGCUUUAUUUAAUCAUCUAUACCCAGUUUGAUAUACCCUCUUCUUCGAUUAGAAAGAAAAAAGGGUUUUUUUUUUUUUUUUGGAAUAUUCAAUUUCAAUAGCUCAAUUUUGUUAGGAAAUUGGAUUGAGGUAUAGUUUGUUGCUCAAUUUGUUAGCUUUUGCAAGAAAGAUUUGAUUUUGUAUUUGAUUGGCAUAGCAAAGGAUCGUUAUUGAUAUAGUCUCUGUAGAUGGAUAAUAAUUACCCUAACACUAAUCAAUAUGCUUACCCUUAUGGAUACCCUCCUCCAAAUCAAGGUCCAUACCCUCCUCCUCCUCCCUAUCACCCAUAUGGUUCUCCACAUCACCCAUAUCCUUCUCCGGCUUACCCACCUCCACCCUCUUAUCCAGAUCCCUACAAUCACCACUCUCAUUCUGGCCCUCUUCCUUCUCCGUAUGGAUACCAGGCUCCUCCUAGUCUAGCCCCUCAAACUUCUCCCCAAACAACUCUUCAACACCAUAACAGUUUCCAUCCUUCUUACCGUUUUGAGGAGCAACACCAAUCUGCCUCAUACCCUCCUCCUGAAAGUAAUUCCCACACACCUUCUUAUUAUGAACAUCCUGUCUCGUACCCUUCUCCUGAAAGUACCUCUCCAUUGUCUUCCGGAAGCAAUAGCUUCUCCCAUCAUCACAGGCAUGAGAGUGCAGCGGUGUCAGGAACCAACUAUGGUAGUUUUAACAGUACUACUACUACCCCCACACACGCUUCUGCUUAUCCGCCCCUGGAUGACCUUUUGAGCAAUGUGCAUUUGUCUGAUAACCGCCCAAGUGCUCCUGCAUUGCCUCCAGCACCUUCAGUGCCUGUAUUGCCCCCUUCUCCACUAACUCCUGGUGAUCAGAUUCCAAGUUCGAGGCAUGAUAGUCAAGCUGGUUUUUAUGGAUACCCUAAUGACUCUUUCUCAAGCAAUUGGGAAGGAUCUUAUAUGGCUCGAGUUGGUUCGUCUGAUUAUUCUGGUUCAUCUGAUUAUUCUGGUCUUACACAUUCUGGUUCAUUUACCGGAUCACCACAGACCCAAAGCAUGCAGAUUGUGUCAUUCCAGAAAGGGUCAUUAAAAGUUUUGCUUUUUCAUGGAAAUUUAGAUAUUUGUGUUUAUGAAGCAAAGAAUCUUCCCAACAUGGAUAAAUUCCAUAAGACUUUAGGAGACAUGUUUGGAAGAAUGCCAGGGAAUGUUGCCAACAAGAUUGAAGGGCACAUGAAUCAGAAAAUUACCAGUGACCCUUAUGUCUCAAUUAAAGUUGCAGAGGCUGUAGUGGGGAGGACUUAUGUGAUUAGCAAUAGUGAAAAUCCUGUUUGGAUGCAACACUUCUAUGUUCCUGUUGCACAUUAUGCUGCAGAAGUGCAGUUUCUUGUCAAAGAUAGUGAUGUUGUGGGGUCACAGUUGAUAGGAGUCGUGGCAAUCCCAGUUCAAGAUAUAUACUCAGGGUUGAAAGUUGAGGGAACAUACCCAAUUCUGAACAAUAGCAGAAAACCUUGUAAGCAGGGAGCUGUGUUGACACUAUCUAUUCAGUAUACCCCAAUCGAGAACAUGAGCGUCUAUCAUCGGGGAGUUGGGGCUGGUCCCACUUAUUCUGGUGUUCCUGGCACAUAUUUUCCUUUAAGGAAGGGUGGCAGGGUGACCCUUUAUCAAGAUGCCCAUGUUCCUGAUGGUUAUCUUCCAACCUUGAAACUUGAUUGGGGGAUGAAUUAUGUGCAUGGGAAGUGCUGGCAUGACAUAUUUGAUGCAGUUCGUCAGGCAACGCGCUUGAUUUACAUCACGGGGUGGUCAGUCUGGCACAAUGUAAGACUGGUAAGAGAUCCUGGAAAUCCUGCAUCAGGUAGCACCCUUGGAGAUCUUCUCAGGUCCAAGUCCCAAGAAGGAGUCAGGGUGCUGCUUCUUGUUUGGGAUGAUCCUACUUCAAGAAACAUUUUGGGAUACAAAAUGGAUGGAAUAAUGCAAACCCAUGAUGAGGAAACACGUAGGUUUUUCAAACACUCAUCAGUGCAAGUGCUACUAUGUCCACGUAUUGCUGGAAAAAGACAUAGCUGGGUCAAACAGAGGGAAGUUGAAACAAUUUAUACACAUCACCAGAAAACUGUAAUCGUGGAUGCUGAUGCUGGAAAUAACAGAAGAAAAAUUGUAGCUUUUGUUGGUGGACUUGAUUUAUGUGAUGGUCGAUAUGAUACUCCACAACAUCCUACAUUCAGGACACUCCAAACAACACACAAGGAUGACUAUCACAACCCCACUUUUACGGGAAACCUUGCUGGUUGUCCUAGAGAACCAUGGCAUGACUUGCACUGUAAAAUUGACGGUCCAGCUGCCUAUGAUGUACUGACUAACUUUGAAGAGCGCUGGAUGAAGGCUGCAAAGCCCAAAGGGAUCAAGAAGCUGAAGAAGUCAUAUGAUGAUGCUCUGCUCAGGUUAGAAAGAAUUCCAGAUAUCAUAGGGCUGUCUGAUGUUCCCUGCACCAAUGAGAAUGAUCCUGAAGAAUGGCAUGUUCAGAUUUUUCGUUCAAUUGAUUCAAAUUCCGUUCAUGGCUUUCCAAAGGAUCCAAAAGAAGCCACGAGCAAGAGCCUGGUCUGUGGUAAAAAUGUACUUAUUGACAUGAGCAUACAUACAGCAUAUGUGAAGGCCAUUCGUGUUGCUCAGCACUAUAUUUACAUUGAGAAUCAGUAUUUCAUUGGGUCUUCCUACAAUUGGGGUUCUAAUAAGGAGUUGGGUGCAAAUAAUUUGAUUCCAAUGGAAAUAGCUCUUAAGAUUGCCAGUAAAAUCAAAGCAAAUGAGAGAUUUGCUGUUUACAUUGUUAUUCCAAUGUGGCCAGAGGGCGUUCCAACUGGUGCUGCCACUCAAAGGAUUCUGUUUUGGCAGCAUAAAACCAUGCAAAUGAUGUACGAGACCGUCUAUAAGGCUCUGGUGGAGGCAGGGCUUGAGGGUUCUUUCACACCCCAAGACUAUUUGAACUUCUUCUGUCUUGGCAAUCGUGAGGCAUUGGAUGGGUUUGACCCUUCUAGCGGUGGAAGUCCUAAUGCUCAAAAUACACCUCAGGCACUUACUCAAAAAAGUCGGCGAUUUAUGAUUUAUGUCCAUUCAAAAGGUAUGAUAGUUGAUGAUGAGUAUGUAAUAUUGGGGUCUGCAAACAUCAAUCAGCGUUCAAUGGAGGGCACCAGAGACACUGAGAUUGCAAUGGGAGCUUACCAGCCUCAUCAUACCUGGGAAAGAUACCAAUCUAAUCCACAUGGACAGGUUUAUGGAUAUAGGAUGUCACUAUGGGCGGAACAUCUAGGAGUCAUUGAGGACUGCUUCACAGAACCAGAGAGUCUGGAAUGUGUGAGACGGGUUAAGACAAUGUCUGAGAUGAACUGGAAACAGUUUGCAGCUGAUGAAGUUACAGAGAUGACGGCACACCUGAUGAAGUAUCCUGUUGAAGUUGAUCGAAAGGGCAAGGUCAGGCCUCUCCCUGGAUGUGAAACUUUCCCAGAUGUUGGUGGAAAUAUUGUUGGCUCUUUCCUGGCUAUUCAGGAGAAUCUUACCAUCUAAUUCUGCGGCCAAUAAUAGAUAUAAGAAGAUAAAACUGCAUUUUUUUACAUGAAUAGUUAUUUUGAUGUAUAGUCUUUACAUAAGCAUGAUGCCCUAACCUCUACUUGUACACGAAUAAUUAUUUUAUUUUUUUCAUACAAAAUGUCAUACCAUACGUGAGUUUGAUUAUCUU